AAUACUCUCGAUACACCACCUGAAUUCAUUCCCGUACGAAAUCAGGAACUACCAACAUUAGCAGGACCAAAGUUAAGCAUUAAUCAAUCACAACGUAUCGCACCACCACCUUACAAUCCUCAGUAUCACUAA